CAAGUUCAGAUACUUGUGAUGGAAUAUCUCUGUGUUUUUGUUUUUGUUUUUUAAGUUUUUUUGAGAACGAAGGGAUCCAUCCCAAGACCAGAGACUUGAGCACGAAUCUCAGGGUGCCUGCCUGGUUCUGAGCAAUUAAAUUGUAAGCUCCAUAGAUACAUGAGGAGCUGAAGCCACCACCAGGCCUGUGACAUGAUUUUGCCUGAGAAGGAAAGAUGAUCUGGAACACCACCACUAUGGACGGGGAAGGGUUGCUUGUGAAAAGAGAUUCCUGCUUCCGAAUCCUCACCGGCUGCUUCCUCUCCUUGCUGAUCCUUUCCACACUCCUAGGCAACACCCUGGUCUGCGCAGCUGUCAUUAGGUUUCGCCACCUGAGGUCCAAGGUGACCAACUUCUUUGUGAUCUCUUUGGCAGUCUCAGACCUUUUAGUUGCUGUGUUGGUCAUGCCCUGGAAAGCUGUGUCUGAGAUAGCUGGAUUCUGGCCUUUUGGAUCAUUCUGUAACAUCUGGGUGGCCUUUGACAUCAUGUGUUCCACCGCCUCCAUCUUAAAUUUGUGUGUCAUUAGUGUGGACAGAUAUUGGGCCAUCUCCAGUCCAUUUAGGUAUGAGAGGAAAAUGACCCCCAGGGCAGCUUUUGUCAUGAUCAGUGUGGCAUGGACCUUGUCAGUGUUGAUUUCCUUCAUCCCUGUGCAACUGAACUGGCACAAAGCUAAAACCACAAGUUUUUUAGACUUAAAUGCCAGUUUCCAGGGUGUGGCCAUGGACAACUGUGAUUCCAGUUUAAACAGGAUGUAUGCCAUCUCUUCCUCUCUGAUUAGUUUUUACAUCCCAGUGGCCAUCAUGAUAGUCACCUAUACAAGGAUAUAUAGGAUUGCUCAAAAGCAAAUACGACGUAUAUCGGCCUUGGAACGAGCAGCUGUGCAUGCUAAGAACUGUCAAACCCCUGCUGGCAACAGGAACAGUAUGGAUGGCCAGCAGCCAGAAAGCUCCUUCAAAAUGUCCUUCAAGAGAGAGACUAAAGUAUUAAAGACUUUGUCAGUCAUCAUGGGAGUGUUUGUAUGUUGUUGGCUGCCCUUCUUCAUACUGAACUGCAUGGUGCCCUUUUGUGAGCCCAGUAUCUCAUCCCAGGGAGCAGAGCCAUUUUGUAUAAGUUCUGCCACUUUUGAUGUUUUUGUUUGGUUCGGAUGGGCCAAUUCUUCCUUGAACCCGAUCAUUUAUGCCUUCAAUGCAGAUUUCCGUAAGGCAUUUUCCACUCUUCUGGGCUGCUAUAGACUCUGUCCUGUUUCCAUUAAUGCGAUAGAGACGGUUAGUAUCAACAAUAAUGGGGGGAUGGCUUUUUCCAGUCAGCUUGAGCCAAGAGGGUCCAGUCCCAAAGAGUGCAAUUUUGUCUAUCUGAUCCCCCAUUCGGUUCUCUGCCCAGAAGAAGAGGACAUGAUGAAAAAAGAAGAGGAGGGGGUACUCUCUAAAACCUUGGAGAAAAUUUCUCCAACCCUAUCAGGUAUUUUAGAUUUUGAGGCUGAUGUGUCUUUGGAAAAGAUCAAUCCAAUCACGCAAAAUGGUCAGCAUAAAACCUGAGGUGUAAAGUUGACUCAUUAAAAAACAACAACAUGAUCAUUCAAGAAAGAUUUUCAAUUUUUUUUGGUUGUUUUUAGUAAGAAAGUGUGCUAUUGUGAGAAUCAAAGCCAUCACAUAAAAAUCCAGAGCUUAAUCAGCUGCUGUUUGACAGAAGCAUAAAUUUUUAAAAAAAGAAUUCCACCUUCCAUACAUUGUAUUUAGAGGUUGUUCUAUGUUGUUCAUCUUGAAUGGAAAUGAAUCAAAUAUGUAGGUACAGUAUAGCUGCAAAGGGGAAAAAAGAGUUUAAGUGGAUACAUGUUUGCAGAAACAGACCUGGGGAAAUUAAUUAUACUUUGCUGUGUGAAUAAAAUGUAUUAAGUUUAUAUGAGGUUCCCAUUUGACUUGCAGAGUCAUUUGUGGGUGUUUAUACAUGGCAAGUAAAAUUUGAUGACUUGCCAGAUUAGGUGGAUGCCUUUCAAAAUAAUUUUGAACAUCAAUACAGCCUUAUUACAAGAAUGGGAUAUUUUUAAUAGUAGGAAGAUAAUGUGUCAAUAUUGGCUUUCUUUAUUUAUUAUUUAAAUGGCUAUUUUUUCAUAUGUUUAAACAAACAUGACUUUAUCUUAUUUUAAUAUAUGUUGGAAAAAAUAGGAUAUUUGUAUGGUGUUACUCAUUGCAUUUUUUAUCUGUUUACUAGUCAGCACUUUAUUACAAAAGAAAAAGGGAGAAUUUACAAAGUCAGCUUUGCCUAGCUAACUCUAGAACUUGUAGGUGUUCAAAACACAGCAAAGGUGAUAAAUCUACAGUACCUUUUGCUGUGUAAAAAGAGAGAGGCAUUUCAUGGGUUCUUCCUUCAUUCUGAAACAGAAGAUCAAAGGAGUUUGGUAAGUUA